GCGCUCCAUUUCAUUUACUUCAAAGGAUUUCCCGAAUCACUGACUGUCAAAAUUUGAAGUAUAUUGCGUGCUUCUUGAAAAUUCUGAAUCUCCUCAGUAAAUGGAGGCAUCCCUUUAUACGCAUACAUAAUGCAUAGGUAGACUUAUCCCAUGGUUACCUAUACACAUACGGCAUAACAGGAUCGACUUUGGCUUUGCAUUUUUUUGUGUCGUCCUGUUUUGGAAUCAGAACUGAAUUCGGAUGUUGCGCGUCCCAAUUUAAAAUGUUCUUUCAAUAAUAUAAUAUCACAUUCGAAUUCAAUUCACAUCGAGAUUUGCAUUCGUCGAUCAAAAGUGACUUCAUCUUCGUUUCUCACCAAAUAGUUCCGUGUUAGACGAUUCCUCAUUACUUCUCCCUAUUGUGAAAGCAUAUCGUAUAGCCCACGAAACCCGGGCGCGCUGUCAUAUGCACUAAAUUUUAUGUCAUUAUAGGUACAAGCAUCAAUUGAUCAUGUCAUCAAUUAAUAAUGCAUUAUCCAAUACUUUCCAAAAGUCUAGACUUUCUCUUGUGACUUUCUAUAGGAAAUUGGCAAGUCGAUUUUAAUAGAAACAUAGGUAACUGAACCUCUAGACUAAUAUGUAUAUAACCAAGAAGAGAAUCUGAGAAUAUUUUAUCUCUAUGACCUGUAGACAGAUCUGACUGCAUUCGCCGAAUAAGUUCCCCUGAGUACUCAUCUUAAACUUUUUUUUUUAACUCUUAAUUGCAACUUUUGUCGGGGCUCUGACGAGAGUCGUCAGUUCAUCAGUUCUCCACUUCAGCUUUGAUGUGAACUUUCAUUUCCUUAUCAAACAGCUGAAAAUGUAAAUUCAAUGGUAAUAAGUGCAAGCAUCAGUCUACACAUUUUGUACUUUCAAUGGAGCGUGCUGGUUCAAGGCAAGUGUCUCAAACCAUAUUUGGAAUACGCGAAAUAUUACCAAUUUGGUUAUAUCCACGCUCUACUUCUUCCAAUGCGCUGAAGUAUGUUAAGGUUAAAAAUGUUCGUAUGAGUGGAUUUUGUUAUUGUCUAACACUGUAUCAGCUUGACGCUAAAUGGAAAAAUAGUCUUCUAUUAUAGUCAAUUACUGUGAUGGUAUAUUUUGCAGAAAAUUUUUUGUGCAAAAAAUAAAUGGAAAUGUAUUUCAUCCUGUAUUUCAUCAUUCAUACUAGGCAUAAUAAAUAACACAGAUUCGUGUUUUUUGAAGGUCGUUUAUUUACGCACAAUUUUGCAUCAGCUGUUUGGCAAAAAAAAAUCAAGUGGGUUAUGCUUACGUCGUCUUUUCACUUUCUAAAAAAUUCCCACUCCUGUUUGGCUGGAAUUCCCCGAUCAGUAAACGAAAGUUCAUUCUGCCUCGGAAAAAUUUGCGUGUCAAAGACAACCAAAAGUGAAAGUACCAUACUGAACGAAAAACAUAUAUACCCUUUUUAAAAACCUAGACGGAAAAGGUAGUGUUAGCCAUUGCGACGUGGUCAGUCUCCUUUGACACUUUACACAAACGAUACACGCUACGGAUACUCUCGAGAAGAAAUAUUUCCACAGUGCUUCAUAUUUUUACAAACCAAAAAUGGCGAAAUUUGCCUCACUUGAUAAGGAGGUGGAUUCAGCCUUUGAAAUACAAAUAGCGGAAAUCAACGCCAACGAGCCAAAAGAGACCCGCAAAGUUGCUUGGUUUGUGCAAGCUCAACAACGCCAACAAGCUCUAACGGGACUCCAGUCUCUAUGCAAACAACGAAAUGAAGAAAAUACGGAGACGUUCAGUGCGGACAGCUUCUGUCGACUAUUCUCACAAGAUAAUGUACUGCAUUUGCUGUUUCGGUUGUUUGAUCACCAUUCCAGAGGUAAACUCGUCCAUUCUGAUUUCAUUGGAGAUCUCAAAGAAAAACUACGACCAAAAACUGAUUUCAUUGACCUGUUGGAUACCCUGUGGUACAUUUUUGUGAAGGAAGACGAUAUUGAUUUCGAAAUCUUUUGCCGCAUUUUUAAAUCCAAAGGGGUGUUGAGUAAGCUUUUCGCUUUGAUCGAUACGGACAAGGCAGGCGCAGGACAGGUGUCUGUAAACCAAGUGAUGGCUUCUAUCACCGAGUACACAUCAGAAAGGAGGAACCUUCACAUUUUAUACCCGGGACGUGCGGAGGAGCUAUUCCGUUCCAUCGUCACUAACGGCAACCGGGAAAUGAGCUUCGAAGACUUUAAGAAACUUAUCCCUUCCAAAAACAAAUUUUUCGCCGAACGCAUCUUCCGCAUAUUUAACAAGGACGGCUCUAAAAAUAUUUCUAUUGCUGAAUUUCGAGAGGGUCUUGAGCAAUUUUGCGGCCAAUCCGAAGAGGACAAAGUCCGGUGUCUUUUCCAAAUCUAUGACGAAAAUGGAGACGGACUGAUCAAGCUGUGUGAACUGAAAUCCGUUCUCAAGGCCUGCAUCGAGGAGAACGGAAUGAAAUUCAAUGAAAAGCAAGUCGAAGAACUUGCUGAAGCUCUCUAUGACGACGCCAGGGAUCGCAGUGACACGUCAAGGCAUUCAACAAGAAAUGGUCUCACCUACGACGAGUUGAAAGCUCAGAUGUCCAAACAUCCAGGGCUACUUGAAAAUCUGUCCAUCAGCUUGGACCGCUUUCUUCUACCGAGCCCUGAAAAGAAAACUCAACGUCAGCCAAUCUUUAAACCAAUGGUCUCAUACGUUAAGAAUAACGCACCUUUCGUUAUCUUUGUCCUUGCUUACGCUAUCGUCAAUCUCGGCUUAUUCAUCAGUCGAGCCAUUCAGUACAAGGACUCUAAUAUGUUUUACAUUUUAGCCAGAUCUUGUGGACAAACGUUGAAUUUCAACUGUGCCUUCAUUUUGGUUUUGAUGCUUCGCCGUGGUAUCACGCUGCUGAGAAACAUCGGCUGCGGUAGCUUCUUACCUGUGGACCAGCACGUCUAUUUGCACAAAGUUUGCGGUGGUGUUGUCGUUGUAUUGAGUGCCCUUCACACCUUGAUGCACAUAAUUAAUUUUCCUCUAAAUAUUGCUGGUGAGGUGGUGUCCCCAGUGACAAACAGAACUCAUUCCGCUGCAGAAUGGUUAUUUACCAUGAGACCCGAACUAUUUGGACUUUAUCCUGGCCUUGCCAAUAUAACUGGAUGGGCGCUUGUGGUAAUUCUGGCCAUCAUGGCCAUAUGCUCAUUGCCAUCUGUUCGCAAAAGCGGUUACUUUGAGGUUUUUUACUGGACCCACUUGCUGUACAUUCCUUUUUGGAUUCUUCUGAUUCUCCAUGGCCCUAAUUUCUGGUACUGGUUCAUCGGACCAGGACUCUGUUUUGCCCUUUUUAAAGCAAGUCGUCGAAUCAGACUUAGUUCUAGUAACAGGGGUCGCACCGAUAUCAAUUCUGCCAUGCUUUUACCGUCUCGCGUUACUCAUCUGGUAAUUCGUAAGCCGGAAAAUUUUUAUUUUCAUCCUGGAGACUACGUCUACCUAAAAGUUCCGGCAAUCACUUCAACCGAAUGGCAUCCAUUUACCAUCAGCAGUGCUCCAGAACUUCCAGAUUUUAUAUGGCUACAUAUUCGAUGUGCUGGUGGGUGGACCAAUAAGCUCUAUGAAUAUUUUGAACAAGAACAGUCCAAACAACUUCUACGUACUAAUAACGUUAAAAACGACAAUAACAAGUAUCCGAAAGCAAUCAGCGCUAUUGAACCGACUUCCGUCGAAAAUGACAUCAGAUCAAAGUAUAAAUCUCACUGCAUUGCAAUGCCGUCAGGCAUGCCAAUGCGCCAACAACCAUGUACGGAAAACGUCUCUCUGCCAAUUCAAAUUGAUAAGAAUUCUCCAUUGAACCCGCGAAAAAUGAAAUUGACACCAAGAGCUUCUCACGCUCCUGAAACUAUGGCAAAGGAUUCAGCGGAAGUUAUCCAGAGUCAUCAACCCCCGAUGAGGGAAGAACGACACAUCUUCCACUCGCUAGAAGUGGCAAUCGAUGGCCCUUAUGGAGCUCCUUCGAGUCACAUUUUUCGUGCGGAGCAUGCGGUUCUUAUUGCGGCUGGCAUUGGUGUGACUCCCUUCGCCAGUAUUCUCCAAUCAAUUAUGCAUCGCUACUACGCCAUUCGACAAAGCUGCCCCAACUGCAACCAUUCGUGGGCUUCGCAAAUGCCCGAUUCUAUCAUGAAUCUAAAAAAAGUCGAUUUUUUCUGGAUUAACCGCGAUCAACGCAGUUUUGAGUGGUUCGUUGACAUGCUGUCGCAACUGGAAAUGGAACAGACGGAUGUGGGUGGCGUGCUCGAUCGAUUUCUUGAUUUGCACAUGUACAUAACUAGUGCCCUGAAAAAGACAGAUAUGAAAGCUGUUGGACUGCAAAUGGCCUUCGACUUGCUUUAUGCAAAGGACAAACGUGAUUUGGUGACAGGACUGAAGACUCGCACCAACGCUGGCAGGCCAAACUGGGACAAAGUAUUUCAGAAAUUAGUUGACGAAGAUAAGGGAAAGGUAACGGUGUUCUACUGCGGCCCCCCACAAUUGGCAAAAGAACUGAGAAAAAAAUGUAACGAGUUCGGCUUCGACUUCCGCAAAGAAAUAUUUUAGAUGUAUAUUUAGCGAGCCGACUUGACUGCUGCUGUUGUUUAUUGCUAUUUCAUAAUAAUGCAUAUCUCACAAAUACCGAGUGAUGCAACGAGCUGUUUGCAACAUCUUUGAUUGUCUCUGAUUGCCAGCGAAUUUUGGCUGGCAUUCCCCAAUUUUUUUGCUGGCAUUCCCCAAUUUUCUGCUGGGGACUUUUUUUUUCUUUUGAUAAUCACUAUGAAAAUCCCCCAAAUUCUUGCGCUAGUACGCAUAACUUUAUUUAUUUAUUUAUUUAAUUUACCUCUAAGCGUUUCAUUUUUAAAAACUCUAAAAAUUUCGUUUAAAUUUUUUUAACAUCCGCAUUUAUGUUAAUUUGCAAUUACGUCAUCGGUUUCGAACUGAAUCAUGUGGCAGAAAAAUGUUACCUGCCACGGGUUUACUACCUCUGCCUCUGCGAAUGUUAUAAUCUGGGUAGAAUAGAAUAUACGUACACGUCACGAACACAAAA